AUGUCGCAGCUCUACCAACAUCAGCUUCAGCCGUUCGAGGAGAAUCAAUCCCCUUCCCCCACAUACGAAGCCGCCGACCCUUUCAGCAAGCUCCAUCUUGCGCGCUCCCGCUCCUCCCGACUGUCCAAUGACGCCUCAUCCCCCUCCAACCCACUAGACACACUCCACCGUCAGCUCUCUGGCGACCCCGACGCCCCUCCGCCCGCCUGGAAGCGCCGGGCCUCUUUCACCCAAAAACCACCCAAUACCUCCGGUAUCGCUCUUGCGGACAGUACCUCUCCCACCCGCGGACCGCGGGUAUCGCCCACCUCGGACCUCUCCCCUCGACCUCCCCCUCCCCCCUCCAUAUCCCGCCGUCACCCCCAACUCCAGAUGACGACCGCGGUAGCUACCCGUCCUCCUAUCCCCUCGGAGAUGUUCUCGGACUCCCCCAUCGGGUCCAGUACGUCUCUGUACGAUCCUGCACUGGCACCGCCCCAGCCGGCCUUCCUGCGCAAAUCGGGCGGGACUCGGAGCAAUCGUUCUUCGAUUCACAGUACGGAUACGAACGGGAUGACCAGCGAAGAUCUGUGGAAUCUGGAUGCGCCGGAACCGGUGGCGGAUCUGAGCAAUCCGCAGCGGAGCGCAAUGGAGCGGCCGUUGGAUACGGUCCGGCGGUUGAGUCAGCGGAGUGAGCGGAGACCGGGUCAGGUCUCGCCGUAUAGCGCGAGCAUGAUGCCUGUGGACUUUAUGUGGCCAACCGCACCGCCCGAGGAAGAACCCAUCAUGCGCCGGAAAUCCAAAUCUACCACCAACGUGCCUUCCCUCGCAGGUCGUACUAGCCGGAUCGGCCGUAAAAAGGGUCCACGCCAGACAUCCGCCGAUCCACAAGUCAUGACCAAGGUCAUGGACGGCACGUCCCCCACGUCGCCGGAUAUGCCCCGCUCCAAUUCGGUCUUCAUCUCCUCGGCCCAUUCAUCCUCUACCGACCUGACCAAGGGGUUACCGCACAACAAGUCACAGGCUUCGCUUGGCGCCCGGCCGCCAUCGACAUACUACUCGCGUGACUUCCUCAGUCAGCUCGCGCCGAGGGAAGGGGGUUAUGCAAUUGCCGCGAUGCUGAGUUCGCCGGUUGUUCCGGGUCAGAACUCGGCGCCUGCGAUGAGCGCGGAGGAGAAGCGGAGGAGCGCGAAUCUGGAGGUACAUCGGGGAAGUCGACCGCCGACGAGUCGGUCAGCGGGGAUGGCGAGGUGGAGUCUGGAUGGCGGAGAGCAUUACAACAGGCCCUACCCUAGCACUUCGUCAGCAAAUACCACCUCGUCCAACCUCUCUGCCCCACCUAUCAACUCUCCCAACGUCUCGCCACCAGCAGACGAGAUCAUUCUCCCAGAAGGCGCAUCUCCACCCUUCAUGUCCCGCCCGGAAGCCACUCCGGACAUGUCGCCCACCGUACUCGCUACGACCUCGGCCCCGAUCAUCCCAUCUCCCCUCAGUCGGGCGGUCACGCAAGACCUCCCCACCCCCACUCCGCCAGAGACCGACACUCUCCCUCCUUCCGCUUCUACGGAUUCUCCCUCCGCUGGCGCUGCAGCAAUUCCCAUCCCGCCUAUCCCCGCCUCCCCACCCCGACCCGUCCUCUCCACCAAGCAGUCCAAGAAGCAGCUGGCAAAAGAAGCGAAAGCGGCCGAAAAGGCCGAAUCUACCAAACUUGCCGCUGAGCGCGCCACCAAAAUGCGGGAAGAAGCAGCGAGGAAGCAGGCCGAGAAGGAUAAAGCCAAGGAAAUGAAGGAGGCGGCGAAGCGAAAGGAGAAGGAAGACAAGGAACGGCGAAAAGCGGAGAAGAAGGCGGGCUCGUCGAUCGGCCUGAGGGAGAAGUUGAAAAGUCCCAGUCAGCCGAGAUUGGACAUGGGGCGGAGAGUGGAGGUGCCGCCUGUUCCUGCUCAGUCCGGCUCGGGCAUGAGCUCGGGAUCGGUUGUGGGCGUGCCUUUCCCUGCGACCAUGGGGAGAGCCCAGUCAACGCCUGGGCAGGCGCAGGUGGACGGUACGAGGCGGAACGUGUCGAUGCCGGCCCGUCCGCCCACUUCGAGCGUGGUCGAGUCGUCUCGCAAGCCCAAGCUGGGCUUAUUUGGGACGCUCCGCAAACGCUUCUCUACAGUCGAGACCCCCAGCGCUUCCAACCGGAACACCCUCACUUCGUCCCAGUCGGCUCGGGCACCGGUUAAACUCGAUCCGCCCACGGAGGAACCUCGAUCUUCUACGGUCGGCGCGAGCGCGUCUGCGCCGCUUCCCAUCAGCCAGCAGUACUUUGCCAACCCAGCAGCGCCGGCCAUGGUUCCGCCACAGCCGGACUUUACGCAGUCUCCGGCCUUGUCGGACCGCGGUGAUCCGCUUGCUCAGCAUCAGCCGGCGGUCCAGGCACCUGUUUCUCCGCCAGCAGAGGUAGACACGGUACCGACGCAAGUGGAGGAUCUGCCUCCACGUACGACAUCAAUCCAUCAGUCCCCACCCCGCGGUACCGCUGCGCCGUCCCCACCUGCCUCUGGCCUCCGACCGCGGAACUCCAUCCAGGGUCCAAGGCCCAUGCCCCGCUCUGGAUCCAUCACGUCCCGAAACUCCAUGUCCCACGCCUCGCCCCCUUUAUUGGGCGCCGGCACGCUCGAAUCGGCCGGAUCGGUCCCUGCCGCCGGGUCAGAGUCCGGAGCGGGACUGAGCCAGGUGCAGAGCCAUCAUACGUCCUCUGCGGGGACGUAUGAUUCUCGCGAGAGCAUGAGUGGGAGCGGGAGCGGCGCGAGUGGGUCGAGCCAGACGCCAAUGACGUCCGAAGGGGAGGAUGAGGGCAAGUCGGCGGUGGAGGUGCCGGAGAGGGGCGACUCGGCGGAUACUGUGCGGGCGCAUGCGCAUGUGUAUGGCGGGGAGGGUGUGAGUGUCGCUGCGCACUGA